AUGCUUCGACGUCGUGCUGGGAAAGCCCUAGGGUCUUUGAGCAUACAUUCUACUACUUAUCGCAGACCCUGUUUGACGUACCCAUGCACCAUCCUCCCCCGAUACCAGAGCGACUGGAAGUCCGAUGAACGCGAAGCCCUCGAUAGGCAAGAUACCGAACAUGAAAAGAAAUCGCGACAGCCUCCCACUUCUGAUGCGAGAGUCACACUGGAUGUGAACUCGCUUGGGAAACCAGGAGAGAUCGUUGUCGUCUCCCCGCGGCGCCGUGCAGCACCCAGAAGAACCCACAAACCCAAGAAUAAAGACGCCGCUCAGAGCGGAGAGACGGUCAGCACCAUUCUAGGUGCACUCGAUGAAGAAGCCCUCGAUCCAAGUCAUAGCAUAAUCCACGAAAGCAUUGAAGCGAUUCGUGGGAGCCACGGAUUAAAACAAACGCUGCCGGCUAGUGAAUUCAAGGACAUGCUGUCUGAAUUGAAAUCAUCAUACAAAACUACUCAACUGUCGGACUACAUAGCGGAGUAUCGGCGGGAUCUCCGGGAUCGCCGUGGCUUUGAGAAGAAGGAGAUGUGGACAUGGAUCACUUCUAAACGAUCCACGCCAGAAGGGAUAAGGCAAUCGUGGAAACUUCAGCUUGCAGAAGUCAUUGUUCGCGAAUGCUGGGAGAUGGCCGUUGAUGGAGAGGUUGGUCGGUUAGACUUGCCUCUCUCGGCUCAGCAUAUGACAUUACUUGUUCAUGCCAAACACUUCUCAUUCCAUGAGCUGGCCAAUCUACACCAUUGCGGUAUCGAUCUCUCGCAAUCUUCAGACAUUAUAUCCAUAACCGGGAAACGAAUAGAUUGCGAGGCUGUUGCUGAAAUCAUUCGCGACACAACUACCAGAGCCCGUGAAGAGGAUGUUGGAAUCAACACUCACCUCAACGGCGAUGGGAACCAAAUAUUCACCCCUGGAUUUUUGGAAUGGGUCAACACCACAUAUGGAGUCCUUGUUGAGCACAGAUCCAACAAGCCUCCAGCCAAAAUCUACUAUCUUGCCGAAAACAAAUCGGGGGCUGAGAAUGCUCGCCGGACAUUGAAUCUGGCACUCUCCAACACCACUUCUCCAUCAACCCCCUUUUCUACCUACCUCCCUGCUUCAGAACUCGCCACUGUAUAUAGCUACAGACCAGAAGCGCACGCCUCGUGGUUUGAGCGGCAAAAAUCCUGGUUCCGAUGGGCUAUGUCCUCCACUCAGAAUGAAGAAGCGGAAUCUCUCGACACCCCUUUCUUCGACAAACACCAGACACGUCUCUCAGAUGAGCUACUGAAACUACUUCAAAAUACCCCACCCUCAGAAGUCAGCUCGGGGAAUCAUUUGCAUGAAACUGUUACAGCCACAUUUGGAAAAUGCCUAUUUAUGCAAAAGCCGUCCUUUGACGAUGCAUCUGUCAUGAGUCCCACUCAAUUAGGAAAAUUGUCUCUUCCGCGGAUCUUUACAAAGGAUGGUCCGCUCAUGACUCAGCUUAUGAAUGCACUUUGGCCUGUGCUUCCAAGGAAAGAGACCGAGUCAUAUCGAUUGCGAUUGAUCCCAACGUCCUCCUCACAUGACCUGCCUGAACUAGAGAUCGAGGUGGCCAUGGAACCUCAAGUUGAUGGUGAAAUCGCCAUUGAAAGUGUGAAGGCCAUUCAAAGCACUACGAGUGUGGACUAUCUGCUCCCAGAGAACAGCUUGGAUUUACGCUUUACACGAACAAUUUCUCAGGAUAUUUGGAAGGAACACUCACCUGAUACACAGGACAUGGAAUAUGCCCCCCGUAAGGUUCGUGUCGCACCGGGUGUCGAGGCAAUGCUCCAAAGCAUCAAGCAGCCCCUCCAGGGUCUCUUUGUUGCUGCCGAAUCUUCGAGUACGCAUGUUCCAUUUCCCCCAUUCUGCCAAAUAUCUCUUCCCUCAGAUCUCGCUCGACAAUUUGGCCUCCGAAAGGGCCAGAAGAACGCCAGUGAUUCAAGCCCAGAAGAAAAUGUCGCCGUGGAAUACAUGUUCCUUCCAUUGAGUGAUAUUCGUGGAGCGAUUGUCCAAAAGUAUGACAUCAAUGGCCGACCACUCCACUACCAGCAGUACGAUAGCGGGCCAUUCCUUGCUACCCGCGCAAACCAAGUCUCACUGCUCAUGUCUCUUCCGCCAAAUGGUGGCUUGGCCUCGGAGAAUGAUUCCCAGGAGGCUCUCAACCAGCAGUUCCAUGACUUUUACAAUACCGCUUGUGACAUGGCCUUCAAAGUUCAUGGGAGCAGCUUUGCGGAGUAA